GACUCUUGCGACAGCCCUGUGCCCUGUGUUCUCUCAGACUGGAGCAUGUGGGAGGGGUGCAGUCACCUAUCACCCUACCAGAAGUUCCGCUUCCGCGACGUCCUGCAGACCGAGAUGAAUGGAGGCAAGGUCUGCGACGUCGACCUGAAUCAGACA